AUGACACUGGAAACAGCUGAAAAGCGGGCUCUGAGUAGGAGCAGGGGGAGCAACCCCUCUCCUAAUAAUGCACAACGUGCAGGUGCCAACGGUUCGUCUGCAACAAGAUGCAGAAAUCAGAGGCGGCGCCUAGCCAAAGCAACCUUGUCGGAGGGACGGAGCGAAGUUAGGCCAGCACCCCAAGAGGCACCCAGUCGAACCGAGAAGAGGAAAAGCGGCCAAAUAACUCCUCAGGAGUUCAAAAGAAUCCAAGAGGAUAAACCACAGGAAGCCAGUGAAAAACGUUCUAACUCCAAACAGCAGCCGACGAGAACCGCAAGCCGAAAAUACUCGGAGACCGUGAGGAGCAUCCGGAUGGCAGUGUUGCCCCGCAACUACCCGGCGGAAUCCCUAGGGUCCGAACAGCAGACGGCUCUCCAGGACUGCCUAGUGAACGCUUUGUUCGUGGACGAUGACUACACCGGCGCCUUUAACGGCAUCUUCUUUAAGGGUGGUAUGCUACUGGUCGACUGUCAAUAUGAGAAGUCGGCCACCUGGCUAACGAAAAACACGCCAAAGCUAGAGGGUUGGAAGGGUCCGGCCCUGUGUGUUAAGAGAUGCGAUGAUAUACCACAACUGCACAGUAUGGUGGUAUUUUUCCCUAGAAGUGCGGACAAGCACUACGACUUCGCGCUUGGUUUAGUGAAAAACCAAAACGAGGUCUAA